AUCAUCGUCGAAUUCGCCCGGGCGAUAAAGACGGCGAACAAAUACCACCGAGUGUUCACCAAUGAGCGUAGCGUGCAGUGGUUGCAAACAAGGAGAAAACCGUGGAACCCGCACGAGGAACAGACAGUGCAGCGCUUUGGCGACCGGGGUCCUCCAGGCACCCGGUUUCUCAUCGACGACGACGACGACGACGACGACGACGACGACGACAUCACUUGACCCAACCACCUCCUGUCGACAGCGUACAGUCGAUCUUCGCAACGUAACCAUCCAUCAUGGGUCUCGACUUCUUGGCAGACGGAGGUGCCGAUUUCGAGCAUGCAAUCACCGUAACAGGAUUCGGCAAGUUCCAUUACAUGCUGCUGACAGUAUGCGGACUCAUUUACAUGGACACCGCGAUCGGGGUGACUAUACUCUCGUUCGUGCUUCCGGCAGCGCAAUGCGAUUUGGAAAUGGACUCUACGUCGAAAGGGUGGCUAACAGCGUCCCCCAUGUUAGGCAUGGUAGUCGGAUCUUAUAUAUGGGGAUGCCUGGCUGACACCAAAGGUCGCAAAAUCGUGUUAAUCGCCACGUUGCUGAUGGACGGUGUUGUCGGCAUCGUAUCCUCGUUCGUCCAGUAUUUUUGGGUAUUUCUGGCCUUCCGUUUCUUCAACGGGUUCGCCGUUACGGGAGCUAUGGGAAUUUGUUUUCCGUAUUUAGGGGAGUUCCAGCCGACAAAGUAUCGCGAAAGAUGUCUUUGUUGGAUGGAAAUGUUCUGGACCAUCGGAGUUAUAGUAUUACCAUUGAUCGCUUGGCUGAUCAUACCAAUGGACUUCAUGUACGUCUCGGACGUGUUCUACUUUAAGUCGUGGAAUCUCUUUGUAGCGUUGUGCGCGUUACCCUCGCUUAUGUUGGGCCUUUGGUUGUUCGCGUUCCCGGAGAGCCCAAAGUUCCUACUCGAGUGCGGCGAAACGGAAGCCGCUCUUGAAGUGUUCAAAUGGAUCUAUUCACAAAACACCGGGGAGAGUCCCGACUCCUAUCCGGUCAAGUCCUUACAAGAGAAAACCAAAGACAAGAGCACCAGGUCGUUGAAGCUCCAUAAACGAAAGGACUUGAAGGUCCUUUUCAAAGAAGUACGAGACCUCACGGCGGCUCUCUGCAAAUCGCCGUACCUUCGUAACACGCUGCUAGCCUGUGCCAUUCAAUUUGGCUUGACCAGUAGUUACUACACUCUCAUGGUCUGGUUUCCCGAAUUAUUCACCAGAUUCGAGCAGUUCGAGCAUAACUAUCCCGGCGAAAGCACAUCGGUCUGUAUAGUGUCCGCUCUAUCGGAUAACGCGACGCUCACUGACCCAUACGGAUGCGACACCGUCAUCGCACCUACCGUUUAUCUGCACACGGUCUACAUCGGACUCGCCUGCAUUCCUGGAUCCAUCAUCUUGCCACUGUUUGUGCACAAACUAGGCGCCAAAUUCUUCCUCAUCGUGUCUUUGUUGGUCUCCGGCGCCGUGACCGUCGCCUUCUAUUAUGUUGUCAACUCGACGCAGAACUUGAUAUUGUCAUGCGUUUUCGAGGCCCUGACGUCUCUCGGUAUCUCAUUAGUUUAUUGCGUAAUCGUCGACAUGUUCCCGACGAAUCUCAGAGUAAUGGCUGCGGCACUAUCUCUAACAAUGGGUCGAUUAGGCGCUCUCGUGGGUAAUUUGGUGUUCGGCUACCUAAUCGACUUUUCCUGCGUGAUUCCUAUAGUUUUAUUCGCGGCAUUUUUGUUCAUGUGCGGUUUCAUGUCGUUCCUCUUACCGAAAACGGGGAAAGACACUCUGGAAUAA